UAUGGUACAUGUGAUAAGAGUACCGGGAAUUGUGAAUGUAAAAAUGGCUUUGCAGGACAACAAUGUAAUAAUUGCGAAAAAGGAAAAUAUGGCACAUAUUGUGACCAGGAAUGUUCAACAGUUUGUAAGAACAAAGUAUGUCAUAAGUCAAGCGGUCAAUGUGAAGAAUGUGUAACGGAUUAUUUUACUGAUAAAUUUUGCAGCAGUUGUAUCGUUGGCAGAUAUGGAAGUAACUGUACCUUAAAAUGUCCUAAAGACUGUAAUAGCAGUUUGUGUGAGCGAUAUAGUGGAGACUGUUCUAAUGGUUGCAAUGAAAACUAUGUAGGAAACAUAUGUGACAAAUGCAUAACCGGUAAAUAUGGAGAAAAUUGUUCUUUAGACUGCCCUAAAAAUUGCCAAAACAAGCAUUGUAACCAAGACAGUGGGUUAUGUUUUAGUUGCAAAGGAAACUUUAGAGGAGGUAGAUGUGACACAUGCGAAGUUGGGUUUUACAAAAAUGACUGUUCAAAACAAUGUAAAUCAAAAUGGUGUUUUAAAAAUAUUUGCCAUAGAAAAUCCGGAAAUUGCACAUCGUGUCCGGAAGGUUAUUACGGUGAAUUCUGCGACAAAAAAUGUUCUAACGGAUGCAGCAACAACAGCUGUGACAUUGACACUGGUUUGUGUUCAUCUGGUUGUCAACCAGGUUUCUCGGGUGACAAAUGCUGUGUAAGAAGUUCAAAUUGUGACAUAUGUGAAUCGAACUCACAGUGUCUUAAGUGCAAGCCGGGACAUUAUGGUGUGGACUGCGAAAUUGAAUGUCCUAAAACAUGCCAUGGGAAUUGUGAUAAAAGAUCUGGCAUUUGCGAGACAUGCUCUCCUGAUAUGUACGGAUUAUUUUGCAAUUAUUCCUGUCCUAUAUCAUGUAGUUACAAACCAGAACAACGGAUUUGUAAUGCCUCUACCAGCCAUUGUUUAAACGGAUGCCAGGAUGGUUUCCACGGACUUACAUGUGAGAAUAAAUGCAGUCAUAGUUGUGCACAAAACAAAUGUGAUCGGAUAACUGGACAGUGUCUGAUGGGUUGUGUGAAUGGAUUUCAAGGAAAUACGUGUUCUGAAGAGGCUGCAGCAAUGAGCAUGACUGAACCAGUGGCAGGAGGGGCGACCGGGUUUGUUGUUGUUGCUGUUGGAAUUAUUGUCGGCGUUUGUUUCCUACUGAAAAGGAAAAAGAAAAUGCCCAGAACUAAUGAAAAUAACGAUACCAAUGCCCCUGAAUCUUUAUGCAACGGGGAAACGUCAGAUCAAAAUGGCGUCCGAUUUACAGAAGUACAGAAAGAAGAGAAUGCUGUUGAUGUUGAUAGUUUAGACACGACGCAGGAAGAUACAUACUAUAAUAUGACAACCAAGAUUAAAGUACCCCGUCUCUUCAGCUAUGUAGAACAGAAGACGCGAGAUUCUUUCAAGAUCGAAUUUACAAAACUGCCAAAGAACUUAAUUAAACAUUGCACGUUUGCCAGAAAACAAGAAAAUAUAGCAAAAAACCGGUACAAUGGGAUGUAUCCUUAUGAUCACUCUCGUGUUCGAAUCGAUGGGGAUCCUACGUUUUUCAUCAACGCUUGCUACAUCGAUGGUUUCCAGAAAGAUAAGGAAUAUAUCGCAUCACUUGGCCCUACAAAGAAGACAACAGAUGACUUCAAUACAUUUUGGGAAAUGGUAUGGCAUGAAAAAUCUGAUGUUAUUGUUAUGCUGACAAACCUGACUGAAACAACAGGCAUGAAGUGCGAGAAAUACUGGCCAGAUCUAGAAGAAAGUGUACAAUAUGACGACGUAACUGUCACAUGUGAAACGAUAGAAGAAUUUGUCGAGUACACAAUUAGGAUGUUCACACUUUCAAAAGGUAAAGAACGACGAAGACUGACCCAGUUUCAUUACACUGCAUGGCCUGAUAAGGAUGUUCCAGAUAGCGUCACAAGUCUGGUAGAAUUCAGACAAAGGGUGAAAAUGACGCCGAGAAACACUGAAGGAUCAAUAAUUGUCCACUGCAGUGCCGGCGUGGGAAGAACCGGAACAUACAUUGCUUUGGACAGACUUGUUAAAGAAGGAGAAAGUACUGGCUCAGUCGAUGUUUUUGGCUGUGUCAUGAGUAUGAGAGAGCAACGUGUAAAUAUGGUACAAACUCUGGAACAGUAUGUGUAUCUGCACAAAGUACUGGCUCACACGCUGACAUUUGACUGCCAGCCAAUACCUGCUGAAACAUUUGUAGGUCAUGUUGGAUCAAUGACAGCCAAAUUAUUUGAUUCCAAGUAUCAGCAAAUCAAGCAGAGUCUAGAUGAAGAACCCGAAGACGAAAAACAAGCAAUAACAACUAACAAGUCACUUGCAGGCAAAAAUAGAAAGGAUGCUGAUAUCCCAGGAGACAGACACCGGCCUAGAUUAUACUUAAACCGCUCAUUGAGUGACUCGGAUUAUGUAAACGCUACAAACAUUGAUAGUUUCAGGAAGAGGAAUAAUUUUAUCAUUGCACAGACCCCAUUGCCAGCAACGAUUCAAGACUUUUUAUGUCUGGUUUACCAGGAAGACUGUUCAUGUGUUGUAUCAUUGGAAAAUGCACCAGACUCUGAGAAGGGUAUUGGUCAGUAUCUACCGGCUGACAAUCAGUCUCUAAAACAGGGCAGUUUUACGGUGACCUGUGUUAAAAGUGAAGCAAGACAGCAGUACACGCUUACGACGCUGCGUAUUUGCAACACAGGAAAGCAAAGACCUGGUGAGAAGACCGUUUAUCACUAUCAGUACAUGAAAUGGAAGACGGGGGAAAGAGUUCCGAGCGAUUCUGGAGGCUUUGUACAGUUUGUGAAAGAAGUGGAGACGAAAUCAAAUACAGACAGCAGCGAAAACAGACCUGUUUUAAUCCAUUGCCUAACAGGAGCAAGGAGAAGUGGAUUAUUCUGUGUUGUUGCUGUGCUACUUGAGAAAAUACAGAUGGAGUACCAUGUCAGCAUUGCUAACACAGUAAGACAAGUAAAGUUGAGGAGGAAGACUGCUAUACCAAAUAAGGAACAAUUUGAGUUCUGUCAUCGUUGUAUAUCCGCACAUCUUGAGUUAUUCAACACAUACUCUAAUUUUGAUGCGUAGUAUUUAAAUCAGUUACAUAAAAAAGUACGCAUCUAAAAUUAUCAAGUUUGAAGCUCUACCCUCUGACUGGAAGGAGAAGUUUAAAAAAUACUUAUUGUAUAGAGCUUGUGAUAUUGGAAGAGGUAACAACCCAAUUGUAUGAAAAACAUCUAAAAGAACACAAGUACAGCUUCUUUGCAUGUUUGACUAAUGUUUUUUAGAACGGAAGAUUGAAUUGUGUUGUACAACGUCAUUGAAUGUUUAUGCGGGAAAGUCGGAACUGUCGACAUUAUUUUCUAUAUUUGUAUCAAAGUUUUGAUAUUUAUGUAAUUCUAGGACAUCAGCUUCUUGUGUUGGCCUUACAUAAUCAGGCUAGAAGAAGAAGUUAGCAAACAUAUAUUGUUUUACAAGUUUUAUUUUGUAAAUUUGUUGUAAAUAUUUGCCGACCUGGCGCUGAAAUUAUGACAUUUGGAUUUAUUUGUAUACUUUGAAGUCAGCCCGAGGGCGAUAUUUGGCGCAUCAUGUCCCAUGGCCACUUAAAAUUCAUUCUGCCCAUUAACAUCUGAAUUCAGUGCAAGUUUAUUACUAUAGUAAGUAACAUAAUUAUGCAAUAAUUAUUUUAUUUUACAUGAGAUAGAGGGACAUUACGUAUUAAAUUGAUGUCUUUGUUGUUUGAUUUAAAUUGAUUAAAAACUAGAAUUGCUACAAAUUGUUACUCAAUGUUCGUUGAUAAGCAAGAUUUUUAUAAUUUAUAAAUAUGAAAUAUUUUAUAAAUGGAAGAAUGCAUGAAAUAUUGGGAGCCAUUAUUUAGUAAUCAUAGUGUUUUGUUUAACUCACGUUUUUAAGUAAGACGCUGUUUUUAAUUUUCACAUUCAAUCAUUUUGUUUGAAUAUGUAAAAUAUAGGCUGAUCAUUUUAACUUUUGUUUUUUUAUGGUGUUAGAUAAUUAGAAUGUAAGGAAAUGAAACACAGAAAAAGGCCUCAAAAAUAUCAUGGCACAUUUUGAGAGAUUGUAUCUAAAAUUCUGAAGUAACGUCUAGUUUGUAUUGUGAUCGUUAGUGUUUACCAUAAUUUUAUUGUACACAGCUUGUAUACUAUAGAAUAAAUGUGUGCUUUGAAUAUCAAGAAAAAUUAGACAAAAUGAUAUUUUAAGAUUUCUGGCAAGUACUGGUAGACUACAUUUAGUAUUUAACAACCUUUGUCAAAAAGUACUGGGUGUCAAAAUUUAGAAAAUAGGUGUCAAAAGUUAAAACAUAGAAUGUCUUUGUUUGUAUGUUUGUCCGGUUUGGGUUUAACACCGUUUAUCAACAGUAUUUCAGUUAUGUAACGGCGGGCGGUUAACCUAACAAGUGUUCCGGGAUUCUGAACUAGUACAAACCUGUCAACUUCAUCCCCACAUGAAUCUGAGUUGGAGGACGAAUGACUUCAGACACAAUAUCCUUUAUCAAAUCGUCACGGAGAACAUACGACUCGCCCAGGGCUCGAACUCACGACCCCACGAUCGCGCUCUCCCUUUUGAGUUAGACGGGCGGGCUUCAUAGAAUGUCUAACCAGAUUUAUACAUACAUACAUGUAAUUUCUAAAACAAAGUCAUCGCAAUUAGAGUUAAAGGGGAUUGAACACCAAACAUGUGUAUCUCGAAGUCAGAAAAAAAGAAGAAAAAAAAACAUUCAUAGGGGAUUUGAAAAGAAAAAGGAAUGAUUUACUGCAGAUGGGUGGGGUACUUUAUAACAUCAAUAUUUGCUCGAAUUAUUCAUAAACACAGCAAUUAUUUACAACUUGAACUGUUUAUGAUGUAAAUGCAUGCAUGUGAAUAAAGAAAUAUACUUUUA